UUCGGACAAUGACAUUACCCCACUUCCCCAGUCAAAUCAAGAAAUCAACCCCGCGCUCCUUUCCCCUUGCUAUAAACUUUACUGGCCAAAACAAAACUUUUUAACAGCACGUGUUACAAAUCAAAUUAUGUGAAAAACCUUUACAACUUAAUUCUAAAGUAGUUAAUAGUGAAUAAAAAGUGUUUUAAAGCCAGUUUGAAGCAUAAAUAACCGUUUAUUGUAAGAAAAUGUCGGGAGCAAGUACUUCUACGGGUCCUCCUAUGACUUCGAUUAGCGAUGUAAACACAUUAUUUCAGAAUGCAAAGAAAUAUGAAGAAUUAAAUGUAAUUGGAACAGGUGCCUACGGAACAGUAUACAAAGCGAGAGAUCUCCACAAUGGAGGUAAUAUUGUAGCCAUGAAGAAAGUGAAGGUCGCACUCACGGAGGAUGGGAUACCUCUCUCUACACUCCGGGAGAUAGCGCUGCUGAGGCAGCUGGAGGCGUACAGACACCCUAAUAUUGUCAGACUCCUAGAUGUCUGCCAUGGAGGCCAGUCUCUAGAGCGGGACCAGCAGCUGGUUCUCUUCCUGGUGUUCGAGCACGUUGACCAGGAUCUCGAGUCAUUCCUCAAGAAGUCACAAGCACCGUUGUCACAUGGAGUCAUUAGGAGUAUGUCCUUCGACAUCCUAUCAGGCAUAGACUUUCUGCACUCACACCGCAUCGUCCACCGAGACCUGAAGCCCCACAACUUGUUGGUGACAUGUUCAGGUCGAGUCAAGCUGGCUGACUUCGGCUUAGCCAAGACAUAUGACACCGAUAUGAAAUUGACCAGUGUGGUGGUGACCUUAUGGUACCGUCCCCCCGAGGUCUUACUAGGCACGAGCUACAAUACCGCAGUGGAUGUUUGGUCAGCUGGCUGUGUACUGGCCCAGCUUCACACCAGGAAACCCUUGCUGCCUGGUGCGUCAGAUUCUGAUCAGCUACAUUGCAUAUUUAGAUUGAUAGGUAGACCAUCCCGGUCAGAGUGGCCAGACAACGUAUCUAUCAUGCUGGACAGCUUCCCGGAGUACCAGCCGCAGGACCUGGCUGAAGUUUUACCUAGGAUACACUUCCAAGCCCUAGAAUUAAUUAAGGGUAUGUUAAUAUUCGACCCGGCCAAACGACUGACGGCGCUGGAUUGUCUCGAACACCCGUACUUCACCGAUGAACCACUGUAAUAAGCCCUUGGUUAAAGCUCUGA